AAAAAAACCCCAGAAACACCUACACCCCCAUCUCCUCUCUGUGUUCUGUAUCAAUUCCGCUCCAAUUCGACGGUCGUAAAUAUAUGGAUGUAGAGGGAGGCGGUCGCCACGUGAUGAUCUUCGACGACGACUCCAACGCCUGCCACUGUACGAGAGAGCUGGACAUGGGAGACCUCACAAUGACCUUCAAGGAGGACCAGAAGGCCCCCAAACUACCCAUCCCUGGCAAGCGAAACAUCCUCAUCACCAGCGCCUUGCCUUAUGUCAAUAACGUCCCCCACCUCGGCAACAUUAUCGGCUGUGUGUUGAGUGCCGAUGUCUUUGCACGCUACUGCCGCCUUCGGGGGUAUAAUACCGUGUACAUAUGCGGAACUGAUGAGUAUGGGACAGCCACAGAGACCAAAGCUAUGGAAGAGAAGUGUAGCCCCCAAGAGAUCUGUGACAAAUAUCAUGCCAUUCAUAGGGAGGUUUAUGAGUGGUUUAAUAUAAGCUUUGAGAAAUUUGGGCGCACAUCAACACCACAGCAAACGGAAGUAUGCCAAGAGAUUUUCAAGAAGCUGUUGGAGAACGGUUGGCUUUCAGAGAACACAAUGCAGCAGCUUUACUGUGACACAUGCAAGCGGUUCUUAGCCGAUAGGCUCGUGGAGGGGACAUGCCCAACUCAAGGCUGUGACUAUGGUUCUGCACGAGGAGAUCAAUGUGAGAACUGUGGAAAGCUUUUGAAUCCGACAGAACUAAAAGAUCCUAAAUGCAAGGUUUGUAAGACAACUCCAAGAAUUCGUGAUACAAACCACUUGUUUUUGGAACUCCCUUCGCUCAAGGAUAAAUUGGAGGACUACAUAAAUAGAACAUCAGUGGCUGGGUCCUGGAGCCAGAAUGCCAUUCAAGCAACAAAUGCAUGGCUCAAAGAAGGGCUUAAACAACGAUGUAUUACCAGGGAUCUAAAGUGGGGGGUUCCGGUCCCACAUGAUAACUUCAAGGACAAGGUUUUCUAUGUGUGGUUUGAUGCUCCUAUUGGAUAUGUCUCAAUUACUAAAUGUUACACCGAUGAUUGGGAGCAAUGGUGGAAGAAUCCUGAGAAUGUGGAGUUGUAUCAGUUUAUGGGCAAGGAUAAUGUGCCAUUCCAUACAGUCAUGUUUCCGUCCACACUUCUUGGAACUGGUGAAAAUUGGACUUUGAUGAAGACUAUUAGUGUUACUGAGUACUUAAACUACGAAGCAGGAAAGUUUUCUAAGAGCAAAGGCAUAGGGGUUUUUGGAAAUAAUGCAAAAGAUACAAACAUUCCUGUGGAAGUAUGGAGAUAUUACUUGCUAACUAACAGGCCUGAGGUAUCAGACACAUUAUUUACAUGGGCUGACUUGCAAGCAAAACUGAACAGCGAAUUGCUGAAUAAUCUGGGCAAUUUCAUAAAUCGAGUUUUGAGUUUUGUUGCCAAACCUUCAGGUCAAGGGUAUGGCUCCAUUAUUCCAGAUGCUCCAAGUGCAGAAUCAGAUCCUUUGACAGAGAAACUAGCUGAAAAAGUUGGUAAAUAUGUGGAGCAAUAUAUAGAAUCAAUGGAGAAGGUUAAACUAAAGCAAGGACUCAAAACAGCAAUGAGCAUUUCUAGUGAAGGGAACGCAUAUCUGCAAGAAAGCCAGUUCUGGAAGCUUUACAAGGAGGACCAACCUCGUUGUGCUGUUGUUAUGAGAACUUCAGUCGGACUAGUGCAUCUUCUUGCUUGUUUGUUGGAACCCUUUAUGCCAUCAUUUUCUCUUGAAGUUUUUAAGCAGCUUGAUUUGCCUCCUGAGACGCACAUAUUGCUUUAUGAUGAUAAAGGAGAUAUUGCUAGCGCAAGACGGCCUUGGGAGAUUGUACCUAUUGGUCACAAGAUCGGGAAACCAGAGCCGUUGUUCAAGGAAUUGAAAGAUGAAGAAGUGGAAUCCUUGAGGAAGAAGUUUGCUGGAAGUCAAGCGGAUAGGAAGGAGAGGGAAGAAGCUGAAGCAGUAAAGGUGGCUGCACAACUCAAGAAAAUGAAAGUUUCAGACAACAGUGGAAAGAAAAAGCAACAGGCCACGAAAUCUGCAGCUGAAGCAGAGAUUUCCAUUUCUAGACUUGAUAUUCGUGUUGGCCUCAUUACUAAAGCUCAGAAGCAUCCUGAUGCUGAUUCGCUUUAUGUAGAAGAGAUUGAUGUUGGUGAAGGACAGACUAGAACAGUCGUGAGUGGCCUUGUCAAGUAUAUACCUAUUGAAGAAAUGCAGAACCGGAAGGUCUGUGUUCUUUGCAAUCUGAAGCCAGCAACCAUGCGGGGUAUUAAAUCACAAGCAAUGGUUCUUGCUGCUUCGAACAGUGACCACACCACGGUUGAAUUGGUUGAUCCGCCAAAAGCUGCUCAAGUUGGCGAGAGAGUUACAUUUCCAGGGUUUGUGGGUGAGCCUGAUGAGGUGUUGAACCCCAAGAAGAAGGUGUGGGAGACCUUGCAAGUAGAUCUGCACACUAACACUGACCUAGUGGCCUGCUAUAGAGAUAUUCCGCUUACAACAUCAGCUGGUGUUUGCACUGUAUCCUCUAUUCGUGGCGGGUCAAUUAGAUAGAUUAGAAGAUAAUUAAUUAUUUCUAGAGGUUGAAUAGGAAAAGAAAAGAACAAUAAAUUUUAGAUUUUUUGCUCAUGGCUUCCAUUGUUUGUGGAUUAAGAGUAUUUUUCUUCAUCCUUUUUUGGCUGUAAAAUGGUCAUUUGAAAAACCUGCCAAAGAAUUUUUGCUCAUGGAUAGAAACUACUUUUGAUCCUCUCGUCUCUUGCGUAAAAAAGGAAAUGUAUUUAAAAAAAUUAGGAUUUGAAAUAAAUCUGCAGGGUUAAUCGUUU